UCCCACAACGCAACUCCAUUAAACAGUAUCUUAUAACUUUCCCGAGAAAAAAAAAGGAGUACCUUUAUGACAAAACAAGAAAAAUUUGUGAAAAAAUAUAUCUACCAAAAAGAGAAAUUGAAAAAGUAAUUUCGGUCGUAAUGUCAAAAAAUGGCAAUUCCAGUUUCAUGUGUCCUUGGACAUCAAACAGUGAGAAGAAAAAGAAAUUUCUUAUCGGAAAUCUUGAAAACAAAGGAAACAUUGAAAGGAAAUUGUACUCCCUUAGUUACUCUGUGUUAGACAACAGCACAGAAAAUGAACUGUUUGUACAGAAAAUUCACAAAGCAAAUGUCUACAUGUUAGAACAGACAUACAUACAAUGGAAAGUUCUUUGGGAGACACAUGAUGUCCGCAAUCAGUGCCAGUGUAUUUUCCCCAUGAAGUCUGUUAUUUAUCUACAGCCACUCGGACAAUUCCCUGAUUUUGUUUUAAGAUAUACGUUUCAUCUUGGGAAUACCGAAAUGGAUUUGCUCACCCUUCUUCGAGAAUUUGCUCAGAUAUAUUUUCUUGGUUUUGAUGUCAAAAUCUGUCUCCCAUUAUUAAAAGAUUCUGAACAUUCUGGACUCAAAAGUCGAGUACACUCUGUCACUGGACAAAAGCAGUUCCUUUCUUCCAGUUUUUUUCCAUUUCUGAGAAAAAAACUCCCCAAAGAUGGUUACUGCAUUCUGGGAAUAACUUGGACUGAUCUGUAUCCUGCAGAAGAUUUGAACUUUAGUCUUGGAGAAUCUUCCUUCCAACACAAAUCAGGCAUAUUUUGCUUUGGUAGAUUUGAGCCUCUAUCGUUUCAAGCUGGACAACCAAUGUGUGAUAUAAUGGAAGUUGAUGAAAGUUUGAUUUGGAAAAUGCUCAAGGUAACAGUUCACGAAACCUGUCAUCUUUUCGGACUAAUGCAUUGUGAAAUAUAUUCUUGUCUGAUGAAUAACAGCACAUCUCUGGAGGAAGCCAUGAUGCAGCCUAUAUUCUUGUGUCCCGUCUGUCUCCAUAAAUUACAGAAAGCAUGCAAGUUUAGCUUGCAUAUGCGUUACAAUAGACUGCAUCAGUUUUUCUCUGUCCUACAGGAUAGCCUCCCAUAUUACAAAUUCAGAGAUUCUAGAGACUGGUUGAUGCAAUGCCUUGAAUUCAUCACGGAGGAUGAGAGAACAUUGUUAUAAGCAUUUUACUCUUUUGCUUACUUUGCAGUCAUUUGGGCUAUGGCUAUGGCCAUGCUGGAGCACUACCUGGAAGUACUUAUUUUUAACAGAAAUGUAAAGAAACCAACAUUGAUUGAUUGUCAAAUGGUGAGAGACAAAUUCAAAGACAAAUGGACUCAUUUGCACACACACACACACACACACAUACACACACACAUCUAUCUAUCUACUUGUUUCAGUCAUGUGGCUGUGGCCAUGCUGGAGCACCGCCUUUAGUCGAACAAAUCGACCCCAGGACU